GACCGACACUUGCAGCCAUUUUACGCAGGACGAACCCAAUCAUGUCGUGAGGGAAGCUCGCUGGUCACCUGGGCAGAGCCAGCAGCAGCCGCCGCGCGUCCCGGUGGUCGCACGCAGGCAGGCGGGCAGGCAGGCAGGCAGGUCCGGCCAAAAUGGUGAAGAGGAAAAGCCUGGACGACAACGAGCCGGAGUGCGGGAAAGGAAUACCGUUCCCCAUCCAGACCUUCCUAUGGAGGCAAACCAGUGCAUUUCUCCGUCCAAAGUUGGGGAAACAGUAUGAAGCAUCUUGUGUGUCCUUUGAGCGCGUGCUGGUGGAGAAUAAGCUCCACGGGCUGUCGCCGGCCCUGUCGGAGGCCAUCCAGAGCAUCUCCCGCUGGGAGCUCGUCCAGGCAGCCUUGCCUCAUGUACUCCACUGCACCUCCAUCCUGCUGUCUAACAGGAACCGGCUGGGCCACCAGGACAAGCUGGGUGUGGCCGAGACCAAGCUGCUCCACACACUGCACUGGAUGCUGCUGGACGCUGCCCAGGAGUGCAACCACGAGCCCAGCCUGGGCCACGGCUGGUCUGGGGGCAGCAGCAGCAGCGCCUUCCUCCAGCCGGUGGGGAACCAAGGCUCAUCCCCAGGCGCUCCUGGCUCAUGCUCCGGCUCUGCCCUAGGGGGGUCGGGGCCCCAGCACAGCGGCUCCCUGCUGGAGGAGGAUGAGCAUACUCGUACCAAGCUGUUCCACAAGAGUAUGGCCACAGUGGAGCUGUUUGUGUUCCUGUUCGCUCCGCUUAUUCAUCGGAUAAAGGAGUCGGACCUGACCUUCAGAUUGGCCAGUGGUCUUGUAAUAUGGCAGCCAAUGUGGGAGCACCGCCAGCCAGACAUCCCUGCUUUCACUGCGCUCAUCAAACCUGUCAGAAACAUUGUGACAGCAAAGAGGAACUCCCCAGUCAACAACCAGUGCAGCCCCUGUGGAUCUGGCAACCCUGGUCCCAUGGGUUUCCAGGUGGUUUGCGAAGCAGCCCAAUCCGAUUCCUCCUCCCCCGCAGCUGGAGAGCGGAGCUGUCGUCGUGGUAACUCGGUUGAGAAAGGUGGCCCCUCCCAACAACCCCCAUCGGUGAAAGGCCCUUCCAAGAAAAAGACAUCAGCCCCUGCCGGCCUGCCAACCUCCCUGUCCCAGCGAGCGCGUUACGCCACGUACUUUGACGUCGCAGUGCUGCGCUGCCUGCUGCAGCCACACUGGACUGAAGAGGGUGUGCACUGGGCCCUGAUGUACUACCUGCAGCGCCUGAGGCAGAUCCUGGAGGAGAGACCUGAACGCACCCCAGAGCCCUUGGUGACGCCUCUGCCACGCCCACGCAGCAGCUCCAUGGUGGCUGCCACGCCUUCGCUAGUCAACACACACAAGACUCAGGAUAUGAGUCUGAAAUGCAAUGAAGAGGGAAAAUCUCUCAGCACAGAGACAUUUACGAAGGUUUCUCUGACCAACCUCCGUCGACAGGCAGUCCCUGACCUCGCCUCUGACCUGGGCAUGAACAUCUUCAAGAAGUUUAAGAACCGGCGUGAGGACCGUGAGAGAAAAGGCUCCAUCCCCUUCCAUCACACUGGAAAGAAACGUCAGCGGCGUAUGGGGGUUCCUUUCCUGCUCCAUGAGGAUCACCUGGAUGUCUCGCCCACCCGCAGCACCUUCUCCUUCGGAAGCUUCUCUGGCCUGGGUGACGAUCGGCGGGGUCUCGACCGUGGGGGCUGGCAGGCCACCAUCAUGGGCAAAUUCACACGGAGGGGCAGCACAGACACUGCCGCAGAUGCCGACAGCCUGAGCGCCAAACACUCUCACUCCCACCACUCUCUGCUCAGAGACAUGCCCGACCACUCCAACAGCCACAGCGAUAACACUGUCAAAGAGGUUCGAUCUCAGAUUUCCACCAUUACUAUGGCGGCGUUUAACACCACAGUGGCUUCCUUCAACGUUGGCUACGCCGACUUCUUCACCGAGCACAUGAAGAAACUCUGCAACCCCGUCACUGUCCCCGAGAUCCCUGUGGAGCCCCUGGCCUGUGCCAACCUGCCACGCAGCUUCACCGACUCCUGCAUUAACUACUCCUGUCUGGAGGAGGGGGAGAACAUCGAAGGGACCAAUAAUUUUGUGCUGAAGAAUGGCAUGCUUGACCUCACAGCUGUCUUGCGGGCUCUUUAUGCUGUCCUCAGCCACGACAUCAGCUCCAGGAUCUGCGACGUGGCCCUCAACAUCAUCGACUGCCUGCUGCAGCUGGGCGUGGUGCCCGGCAUGGGCAAGAAACUGUCCAAGCCCGACAACAAGGAGAACCAGGAGGCGCGAGCCAAAGACACGGCCGGUCAGGGCCUCGGUGGAGGCGCCCAGGGAGGCGGGGCGGUCCCUGGGGCAGGAGCAGGCGGAGGGGGAGAUGGAGGCGGAGGUGGAGGAGGAGGGGGGAGUGGUGGAGGGAGUGGGCAAGGGAGCAAAGAUGAUGUGAAGAAUAACAAGGAUAAUGAUAAAAAGGAAGAGGGCUCUGGCUUCAGCACCCACCGCCUGGCUCUGACCAUGCUGAUAAAGAUAGUAAAGUCGCUGGGCUGUGCCUACGGCUGUGGAGAGGGACACCGGGGGCUGUCUGGAGAUCGCCUCAGGAUGCAGGCCCAGAACUGCCUGACCAGCCUGUAUAAGCUGGACAAGGUGCAGUUUCGACAAACGAUGCGGGAGUACGUCAACAAAGACUCUCUCAAUAACAUUGUGGACUUCCUGCAUGCACUGCUGGGCUUCUGCAUGGAGCCCAUAACUGACAAGUACGGCAGUGCAGGUGAGAGGUCCAGGAGGGCGAAAAAAAGAAACAUCGACAAGGCGGGCUUCGGGAACAACUUCACCACAGGGGACAACAAGUCCGUGGCACAGAAUAUGGAGGCGGUGGUGGUGGGCUGCAUGUUCAAGUCUCUCAUCACCCGCUGCGCCUCGACCACACACGAGCUGCACAGUCCCGAGAACCUGGGACUGUACUGUGACAUCCGCCAGCUGGUGCAGUUCAUUAAGGAGGCCCAUGGGAACGUGUUCCGCAGGGUGGCGCUGAGUGCGCUCCUGGACAGCGCCGAGAAGGUCACCACCACCAAGAAACCUGAUGAGAAGGAAGAGACCAAACAGCCCGGACCCAGGAGGUCAGAGGCGGGUGUGUCCGGGGAGAAGGGUCAGGUGUCCAGUGCUGCAGAUGAGUGUCGCAGCUACAUCUCCAGUAGACCCCCCCAGACCCCCGAACAUGAAGAACAGAUGCCAGGUGCUCUGCUGGGCAGGAAGGACUUUUGGAGGAAGAUGUUCAAGUCGCAGAGUGCCGCCAGUGACACCAGCAGCCAGUCAGAGCAGGACACCUCGGAGUGCACCACUGCACACUCUGGCACCACCACUGACCGGCGCUCCCGUUCCAGAUCCAGACGAAUUUCACUACGCAAGAAACUGAAGCUGCCAAUAGCAUGCCGUGGGACUGUUCGCCUACCACUCACUCUCUCUGUCUUACGCAACUGGCUGAAGCGCUCCUCUCUUUCCGGACUGACUGAUGGUGUUGAGGACCUGCUGGAUAUCAGCUCAGUGGAUCGACUCUCCUUCAUACGUCAGAGCUCAAAGGUGAAGUUCACCAGUGCGGUGAAGCUGUCAGAAGGUGGCGCCGUGGGGCCGGAGUUCGCCAGGGACGAGGAGGAGAAUUUCUUCAAGCGGCUCGGUAAAUGGAGGUCUGGCAGGAGGAAUCCAUCCAAGCUUCACCACACAGAAGAGAAAGAUGGACCCCACGGUUUUCAGGAGCGUCUUGCAGCCAGUCAGGAGGCCAUGAAGAAUAAGAAUGUGGUGAAUUUGGGCGCUAUUCGACAGGGCAUGAAACGCUUCCAGUUCCUGCUGAACUGCUGCGAGCCGGGAACCAUACCGGACGCAUCCAUCCUUGCUGCUGCUCUGGACCUGGAAGCUCCAGUCGUGGCACGGGCCUCCCUCUUCCUUGAAUGUGCCCGUUUUGUCCAUCGCUGUAACCGCGGCAAUUGGCCAGAGUGGAUGAAGGGCCACCACGUAAAUAUCACCAAGAGAGGCCUGUCCAGGGGCCGGUCACCUAUCGUGGGCAACAAAAGGAACCAGAAACUCCAGUGGAACGCUGCCAAACAUUUCUGCCAGUGGGGAGAUGCAAUCGGCACAAGGCUCAGUGAGCUCUGUCACUCUGACAGCGAGAGCCCUGCAAACAUCCUGGGUUACAUUUUUGAUGAAGAGACCAAACGAAGAAUGAGAAAAGAAGAUGAGGAAGAGGACUAUUUAGAUGACAACACAGUCAAUCCUACAAAAUGUGGCUGCCCCUUUGCUCUUAAGAUGGCUGCCUGUCAGCUGCUGUUGGAAAUCACCACUUUCCUGCGAGAGACCUUUCCCUGCUUACCACGCCCACGCACUGAGCCUCUCGUGGAUCUGGACAGCUGCCGCCUGCGUUUGGACCCGGAUCUCGGCCGUCAUCGCUAUGAGAGGAAGAUCAGCUUCGCGGGCAUCCUUGAUGACGAGGAUGGACAUGAUUCGCUCAACAGCAGCAGCCAUACGCUGAAGUCUGACACCACCUGUGAUGAGAAGAAGCCCCAGGAAGUUCAAGAUAAUCUCGCCCCACUGCCGUCUCCUCCAGUGCCUAUCCGUAAGAUUCGCAUCGGAGGCUCCCGGCUGCUUCAGAUUAAAGGGGCUCGCAGUUUCCGUGUAAAGAAAGGAGGCUCUCUGUCAUCGAUACGCCGGGCCGGGAGCCUCAAGAGCACCAAGAUGUCGCGGCAGGACUCUGAGUCGGAGAACGAAGAAGGGCUGCUGUCACAAACACAAAGCAGGGACACUGUUACUGACAUAGGCAGUCCCUUUAGCACCAGUGAGCCCAGCAUAGAACCAGAGGGCCAGGGCUCAGGAGGAACAGAGGACAACUACCACCGUAACAUGUCCUGGCUCCAUAUCAUGAUCCUGCUGUGCAACCAGCAGAGUUUCAUCUGUACCCAUAUAGAUUUUUGCCACCCACGCUGCUACCAGCACCACAGCCGCUCCUGUGCCCGUCUGGUCCGCGCCAUCAAGCUUGUGUAUGGUGAGACGGUGGACAGCCUGAGAGAAGACAGUGCCUCCUCAGGUCACAUUGGGUCACGGGCCAAGAAGAGUAAAGAGUGUUCAGACAAGUCUUGCCUGAGGACCCCAUCCAUGAAGAGACGACCUACUGACUCCAACACAGAAGGGAAGAAGGAUACUGGCAUGCUCAAGUAUAUCCGCAACCAGGUGAUGAGCCUGUCUCCAGCUCCGCUUUCACUGCUCAUCAAGGCAGCUCCCAUCUUGACUGACGACAUGUACGGAGACAUUCAGCCCGCAGCCUGGGAACUUUUGCUCAGCGUGGAUGAACAUAUGGCAGCUGCUGCUGGUGCCAUGUUCCUGUUGUGUGCGGUAAAGGUCCCAGACGCAGUGACCGAAAUGAUGAUGGCGGAGUUCCAGCACCAGGAGGCCUGCCAACGCAUCAACUCCAUCCUGAAGUUUUACACACUGUGGCGUUUUCGCUACCAGGUGUGGCCUCGCAUGGAGGAAGGAGCCCAGCAGAUCUUUAAGAUCCCACCACCCAGCAUCAACUUCACCCUGCCAUCUCCUAUACUGGGCAUGCCCUGUGUACCCAUAUUCGACCCCCCCUGGGUGCCCCAGAACACAGGCAGCGUCCAGGAUCCAAUCAAUGAAGACCAGUCUAAAUCCUUCUCGGCGCGGGCAGUGUCACGGUCCCACCAGCGAGCCGAGCACAUCCUGAAGAACCUGCAGCAGGAAGAAGAGAAGCGGCGUCUGGGUCGCGAGGCCAGCAUCAUCACAGCCAUCCCCGUCGCUCAGGAGGCGUGUUACGAACCGACGUGCAGCCCCCCGCCUGAGCAGGAGGAAGAAGCAGAAGAAGUGGUGAACCUGGCAUCACGCCGUCUGUCUGUCAGCCCAUCCUGCGCCUCCAGUAACUCCCACAGGAACUACUCCUUCCGUCGGGGUUCUGUGUGGUCUGUCCGCUCAUUGGCCAGUGCUGAAGAUGAAGAGAACACAACAGAACACACUCCCACUCACCACAUGUUGCAGCCGCCCCAAGCUGUCUUCCCAGCGUGCAUCUGUGCUGCAGUCCUACCGAUAGUGCAUCUCAUGGAGGACGGGGAGGUUCGAGAGGAUGGUGUUGCUGUGAGCGCUGUUGCCCAACAAAUCCUGUGGAACUGCCUGAUUGAAGAUCCGGCCCUGGUUCUCCGCCACUUCCUGGAAAAACUAACAGUGAGCAACCGACAGGAUGAGCUCAUGUACAUGCUGAGGAAGCUCCUGCUCAACAUUGGAGAUCUGCCGGCCCAGACCUCUCAUAUCCUCUUCAACUAUCUGGUGGGACUGAUCAUGUAUUUUGUGCGGACUCCGUGCGAGUGGGGAAUGGACGCCAUCUCGGCCACAUUGACCUUCUUGUGGGAGGUCGUCGGCUAUGUGGAGGGACUCUUCUUUAAAGACCUUAAGCAGACCAUGAAGAAGGAGCAGUGCGAGGUCAAACUGCUGGUCACUGCAUCCAUGCCAGGAACCAAAACACUGGUGGUGCAUGGGCAGCACGAAUGUGACAUCCCAACACAGCUUCCUGUCCAUGAAGACACUCAGUUUGAUGCCCUGCUCAAGGAGUGCCUGGAAUUCUUCAACAUUCCCGAAGCCAGAUCGGCACACUACUUCCUCAUGGACAAACGAUGGAACCUCAUCCAUUAUAACAAGACAUAUGUGAGAGACAUCUACCCCUUCCGGAGAUCAGUCUCUCCCCAGCUCAACCUGGUGCACAUGUUGCCUGAGAAAGGACAGGAGCUUAUCCAGAAACAGGUGUUUUCUCGUAAACUAGAGGAAGUCGGUCGGGUUCUCUUCCUCAUCUCCCUCACACAACACAUGCCGGCCGUGCACAAGCAGUCCCACGUCUCCUUGCUGCAGGAGGACCUCCUUCGCCUGCCAUCCUUCCCAAGAACCGCCAUCGACGCCGAGUUCUCGCUGUUCAAUGAGCCACAAGGUAAGGAGCUGUUUGGAUUGGACACCCUCCACAAGGUGUUGUGGAUCAAGCUGCUGGAGGAAAUGUUCCUGGGCAUGCCUAGUGAGUACCCAUGGGGUGACGAGAUGAUGCUGUUCCUCAACGUCUUCAACGGGGCUCUGCUGCUGCACCCAGAGGACAGCUCCCUCCUUAGGCAGUACACAGCCACUGCCAUUAACACCGCUGUGCACUUCAACCACCUCUUCUCCCUGAGCGGCUACCAGUGGAUCCUGCCAACCAUGCUGCAGGUCUAUGCAGACUAUGAGAGCGACCCUUUAUUGAGGCAGGGCAUCGAGUUUUGCUGCCGGCAGUUCUACAUCCUCCACCGCAAACCCUUUAUCCUGCAGCUGUUUGCCAGUGUGGCUCCGUUGUUGGAAUUCACAACCAGCACCAGCACCGGUCUGUCAAAAGGAGUUUCAGCUCAGUGUCUGUUUGACCUGCUGGUCUCUCUGGAGGGUGAGACCCAGGACGCCCUGGAUGCUCUGGAGCUGGUUAAGGCUGAGAAACCUCUACGUUCUCUAGAUUUUUGUUAUGGUAAUGAGGACUUGGCCUUUUCCAUCAGUGAGGCCAUCAAACUGUGUGUCACCGUGGUUGCCUAUGCACCUGAAUCUUUCAGGAGUCUCCAGAUGCUGAUGGUGCUGGAGGCCUUGGUACCCUGCCACCUCCAGAAGCUGAAGAGCAACACAGUUACAAUGGAGUCGGCCUCGGCUGCCAGGGAUGAGAUUGCAGCCAUCGCUGCUCUGGCCACAUCCCUGCAGGCCCUGCUGUACAGCUCAGAGAGCCUCACAAGGCCCAUGACAGCCCCCCAGAUGUCCCGCUGUGAUCAGGGCCAUAAAGGAGGCACUACAGCUAACCACGCCAUGUCAGGAGGGGUCAACACAAGGGACAACCUCCACCUGUUGGAGGAAGGCCAGGGCAUGCCAAGGGAGGAGCUGGAUGAGCGCAUCGCCAGGGAGGAGUUCCGCCGGCCCCGGGAGUCCCUGUUGAACAUCUGCACCGAGUUUUAUAAACACUGCGGGCCGCGACUCAAGAUCCUGCAGAACGUUGCCGGCGAGCCACGGGUUACUGCGCUGGAGCUGCUGGACAUCAAGUCCCACAUGAGGCUGGCAGAGAUCGCCCACGCCCUGCUGAAGCUGGCGCCGUACGACACCCUGACCAUGGAGAGCCGAGGGCUGCGGCGCUACAUCAUGGAGAUGCUUCCCAUCACCGACUGGUCGUCCGAGGCCGUCCGCCCCGCCCUCAUCCUCAUCCUCAAGAGGCUGGACCGCAUGUUCAACAAAAUCCACAAGAUGCCUACGCUCAGGAGACAGGUGGAGUGGGAGGCGGCCAGCAGCCUGAUUGAGGGGAUCUGCCUGACCCUGCAGCGGCAGCCGAUCAUCUCUUUCCUCCCACACCUUCGCUCACUGAUCAACGUCUGCGUCAACUUGGUGAUGGGUGUGGUUGGUCCCUCCAGCGUGGCAGAUGGGCUUCCUCUUCUCCACCUCAGCCCCUAUUUAUCCCCUCCGCUCCCUUUCAGCACAGCGGUGGUCCGACUGGUCGCCCUGCAGAUCCAGGCCUUGAAGGAGGACUUUCCUCUCAGCCAUGUGAUCUCACCGUUCACCAAUCAGGAGAGGCGAGAGGGGAUGCUGCUCAACCUGCUCAUUCCCUUUGUGCUCACUGUGGGCUCUGGAAGCAAAGACAGCCCCCACCUGGAGCAGCCUGAGAUCUUCCUGCUCCUCCAGACGGUCAUCAAUAUCCUCCUGCCUCCUCGGAUCAUCUCCACCUCCCGCACCAAGAACUUCAUGCUGGACGCUUCCCCGGCUCACUGCUCCACCCCGGGCGACACGGGGAAGGAUCUGCGCAGAGAGGGAUUAGCAGAGUCCACCAGCCAGGCUGCAUAUCUGGCUUUGAAGGUGGUGUUAGUUUGCUUUGAGCGCUCGCUGGGGAACCAGUGGUACCGGCUAAGCCUGCAGGUGAAAGAGAUGGCUCUGAGGAAGGUGGGCGGCUUGGCCUUCUGGGACUUCAUUGACUUCAUUGUCCGAACCCGAAUCCCCAUCUUUGUCCUGCUGAGACCCUUCAUACAGUGCAAGUUGUUGACGCAGCCCGCUGACUCCCAGGAAGAGAUCACAGCACGACACCACAUCGCUGACCAGCUGGAGCGACGCUUCAUCCCUCGACCUCUCUGCAAGAGCUCCCUCUUUGCAGAGUUCAACAAUGAACUCAAGAUUCUCAAAGAGGCCGUGCACAGCGGCUCCGCUUACCAGGGCAAAACGUCCAUCAGCACAGUUGGCACCUCUACAUCAGCAUAUCGCCUCAGUUUGGCCACAAUGUCGCGCUCCAACACGGGCACGGGCACAGUUUGGGAGCAGGACAGCCAACCGUCACGCCAACCCUCCCAAGACACGCUCAGCCGCACCGACGAGGACGAUGAAGAGAAUGACUCCAUGAGUAUUCCCAGCGUGGUGAGUGAGCACGAAGCCUUUUUGCCAAGAAUGAUAGCACAGCGCCGUUUCUCCAGCCACGCCACCGGCUCAGCGGCUUCGCAGCCCGAGGCCCCCCGCACCACCAUGCUGCCCAGCCACAGUGAACCCAAUGUGCUAGAUGAGUCCCAGGGCCUUCUGCAGGAGGGUAACCUCUCUAGGGUUGCCAGUGUGCAGAGUGAACCGGGCCAGCAGAACCUUCUGAUCCAGCCUCCAUUAGGAAGAAAAAGAGGCCUCAGACAGCUUCGACGCCCCCUGCUGUCCAUUCCGAAGAAUGAACCACGUGGUCGAUCUGGAGCGAGGCUUUCUACAACCCGCAGGAGCAUCCAGCCCAAGAACAAACCCCUUGAAACUUUGUUGGACUGUGAAGCGCAUGGAGACCAAAAGAGGUCAGUCACCUUUACAGAGAAUCAAGGCCAGCAGGGGGGCAGCAAACCCCCGACUCCCAGCACUGCGGACCCUCCAGCUGAGGGCAAGAAGGCCAGUCCAGCCCUUUCAAAGUCCCCAACACUGGACGUGCCAUCUGUCUCCGCAGCCACGGUGACUGCCGAUCUGCACAGCCCUGCUAACACACAGGUAGGAGCUGCAGAGAGAGGACAGGAGCAGGAAUGGGUCCCUCCAGCUAUAACCAGCAAGGAGAAGAGAGAGCAGUGGGGCCUCCGCAGCAGCCUCUCCCCUCCCCCCUCCAUCUCCCGCCCCUCCACCCCAACACCCCCAUCCCGAACCUGCUCCCCGCUGCCCCUCUCCCGAACCUGCUCCCCUCUCCCUUUGUCCCGCACCUCCUCUCCUCUCCCUCCGCCACUACCAGUGCUGGCCACCGCACCAGCCCCAGGCCCCCCACCGCCUCCACCUCUGCCACCAGCCCCUCUCCUGCCUCCACCACCGCCGGGGCCAUCCAGGAUCAGAGAAAGCCCCGGGGACGAGGACACGACCGCACUCCUGCCGCGCAGCGACACCCUGCUGCAGCUCAGCGAGGAUGACGGCACAGAGAACCCCCUCCUCACCCCGCUGCUGUCCCCUCCCUCACCCCGCCGCUCACCCCGCAGGAUGCCCCUGCCCCUCUCCCCCGUCGACUUGGACCUGGAUGAGUCCCACGUUUGAGAGAGGUGACAGGUGGACUGUAUUUUUCUAUCUGUAGCCAAAUGCCAUACAAAUACCUGCAGGGUACGGAUAACAGGGAGGCUGUGCUGCAACAUUUCAAACCAGAUAAGAGCAAAAACAGGAAAAGUAAAGUGUGCAUUUAGAUUUUAUUGACUGACAAUCUAAAAGUGUGUACUCUAAAAGGAAGGGAAUGUGUCUUCUACUGUUUCCACACUGACCCCCUGCCUCAAGUGCGUCUGUAACCCACCGACUUGAUUUCCUAUCCAUCUGUAGCCCCCAAUCCUAAAAGCCAUUUCUGUUUCCCUGCAGCUUUGCCCUGAAACAAAACCACCCGCACUCUCCUCAGUGUUUUGACAACAGCAUACACUCCUAAAUGUACAAACACCACCUAUUUCCCCUUCUGUUUUCUCUGCCGGUCUUUUAUUGUAUCUUCUAAGUGUUGAAUAUCAACAUGGAAAUCAUUAUUGUGCUCUGUUCUCACGGCUACAUAUGCUGAGGGUUGAAUGUAUCUCAUAGCAGCAAUCUACCGUAUUGCUCAUUUCCGUCAUCACAUGAAUCAUGCUGGAUUUUUAGGUCAAACCUGUGCUCGUCUGUUCUAUCCUGAGAUUAAAGAUUUAUUUUUUGAGUUUAUUUUAGAUGAAUAAUCAAUUAUAAAGAGAUCAGAAAUGUUUAAAGGAAUAAUAUUUAACAAAUGAAUGCUUCUAAUACUGUAGAUUUGAAUGUCUAUAUCACCGAGAUCUAUAUAAAUUGAAGAUGUUAUAACUUGUACAAAGGGUUGCAAAAGCUAUAAAGGAGAAGGGCUGGGUGUAGAACCUGCAUAAAAAGUAUAUUAAAGGGACAGUUCACCCCAAAAUCAAAAAUACAUAUUUUUCCUCUUACCUGUAGUGCUAUUUAUUAGUCCAGACUGUUUUGGUGUGAGUUGCCCAGUGUUGGAGAUAUCAGCUGUAGAGAUAUCUGCCUUCUCUUCAAUAUGAUGGAACUAGAUGGCACUCAGCUUGUGGUGCUCAAAGUGCCAAAAAAAUACAUUUGAAAAACUCAACAGCAAUGUCUCUUUCCAGAAAUCAUGACCCGGUUACUGAAGAUAAUCCACAGACCUUGUUGUGAGCAGUUUUGUGUGGGAGCUUUUUUCUUUCUACUGAACUACUGUAAUACUGAAGGAAAGAGAGAAAGAAGGGGGACCGUGAUAGAAAGAGAGGAAGAGCAACAGAGAAAUGGAACAAAAAAGCAGAGAACUGGGGGAGAGCGAUAGAGAGCCCGCACAAGAGAGGGGUGGAAAACGAGAGAGUGCAAGGCGACAUGGUCUGCAGUGGUUGCUUCUGCCUCCCCAGCAGAGGGAGCGAUGUGCGUAACAUGCAGCAGAGAGCGGUUAUCAUCAUCUACGCUAAACAUGUGUAAUGGAAGCAAAUAAAUGCGCACUGAAGGGCACAGCUUGCCCUGCUGAGCCGAUUGUGUGCGAGACGCAGAGCCGAUGUCAAACUAUUUAAACAACAAAAGGAAGAGAAGACGGAGAAGUGUGUGCGAGGAAACACGUCAGCCCUUAGCUUGUAUUAAAUGUUUAGAAAUUAAGGGUUUGGGGUCUGGGCCUAAAACUGCCGCCGUGGUUCAGCCUCGGGUCACCUAGGGUCAGGCCAGAUCUAAGCUCCAUUGCGUGAUGAUACAGUUGGCGGGUGUAGAUCAGUAGAAACCAAAUAGUUCCCAUACAAAACUGCUCACAACAAGGUGUGUGGAUUAUCUUGAGUAACUGGGUCAUGAUUUCCGGAAAGAGACAUUGCUGUUGAGUUUUUCCAAUGCGUUUUUGGAACUUUGAGCACCACAAGCUGAGUGACAUCUUGUUCCAUCAUAUUGGAGAGAAGGCAGACAUCUCUGCGGCCGAUAUCUCCAACACACUGUAACAAACACCUUGGUGUGACUUACAGGUAAUGAAGAAAAAUAUGUGUUUUUGAUUUUGGGGUUAGCUGUCCCUUUAAGAGCCAUUGUAAAGCUAUGGGUGAAAUGAGGGCCUUUUUAUUAAAUGAAGCAGAUGAUAUACAGUAAAUAUAAAACACAGUAUAUGUAUUUUAAACAUUUUUAUGUGAUCAUAUGGAAGAAUUGAGAGAUUUUGUGUUUUUGGCUAUCCUGGAAAUUGUCUCCACCUCUUGAGAAACGUUUCUACAGCUGACAGCUCUCAUUAUAAUCUUAAUGUCAAACAUAUGUAGGAGUGUGUGUGUUAUGCUGCUCAGUGUCUCAGCAGAAUAUUUCAUUUGUGACCAAAGACGGUAUCUGUAUCUUGUGUUUAUCAGCUGAAACUAUCACUUCUGAAAAACAAAACUUAGAACAUUUACAAAAAGACUCACGUGUCCUGAUGUUGCAGUGCUGGUCGUGUUUUGUUUUUGUGUCUGUGAUGUCGUCUUACGCUCAGAACGGUCGGGCAGCGAGACUUAGUGCAACUGUGAUGAAGCCAUGCAGUAGAUAGCUGUUACCUCGUUGCUCAUUCCAUGCCUUAACAGAGAAAUUUUAACAUGUCUGUCUGUUUAGAGAGUUUAUUGUAACCUCAUACCUCCUACAUGUCCACUUUUAAGAUGUGACAAAAGAUCUGGAUAUUCAAUAAUCUCACUAUUUAUUUUUAAGCACAUUUUAAAUGUAAACCAUGCACAUUUUACUCUGAUCAAUAUGUGCCAUAAUUCACACCAACGCACUGUGAGUGUUUUGUUAUCGGCUGCUUCCCCCUACUUAAUGUCAGUACUGUAUUUAACAUCCUUUCUUUUGACUAUUGGUGUCACAGUUUGUGGAAAUAUUGUAGUCAUUUUGGGCACAUAGAGAUUAUACAGUGGGAAUAGAGAGGAAAUAAUGCAGCUUCUUUGGGGGUGUCUUCAUGCAGUUAAUUCAACAAAUAUUUAAACUGUAUCCACAUAUUACUUUAUCAUGUCAUGCUAAUUUAAGACCCAAAAUGUUUGACAUUACAACAGAGGAAAUGCAGGAAAUGUUUCUUGUUCUGUCCUCUGUAUCCAGGUCAACCUGACAAAUUCUUUAAAUUUUCACAAAGCAAAUCUAGCUCAAAACCACAAAACACACACCACACAUUUCAAGGUUUGAAAGUCUGAAGAAUGAAGAAGCAUCAGUGUUUUAGUCAAAGGGCCUCUGAACUGUUGAAUCUGAGUUCCCUUUAAAUGUAACGUGUCUGUCAAAUCAUGUCUUCUGUGUGCAAAGUUAGGAUAAAGCUACGGUAUAUCAGAAUAUUUCUGGAAUAUCUAAAUAAAUGGAUAUUGUUUACAAUGUUUUUCAGCUUUCUGAUCAUUUGUAACCAUAAAGGAGUCAGUUGUAGUCAAAAUGAACAUUAUAAAUACUGUUAAUGAAGUUGAUUGUUUCCCUGUGAUAUCGUCAGCAGUGUGAAGGAGAGCUAAAGUUCUGUGGGAGGAGAAGCUCUGAUAAUGAGGCACAUCUGGAUUUGUUGUUGAAAAAUCCCAGCUUCCAAUAAUGUAUUUUUCAGUACAGUUGUACCAUUAAAACAAAAAAACAAGCUCAUAUCUGUUGUAGCGUUGGUGUGGGUGUUGCCAGAAAUAAGAUGUUCAGAAGGGUUGAUGGUUGCUCAGGAGCACAGG